AGCUGCCAUGACCGCGGAUCCCCCAACCUCCCAUGUUCCUCCUAACCUCUUUCACCCCUCUCCUGAUGUGCUCCAUGCUGCUCUCGCGACAGAGAUGACGGUGAACCUUUGGUUGCACGGCGCGGCGGCUCGCCAUGGGACUCGACGGUACGGUGGCCAGUCCCGUGACACCAUGCCUCUCCCACCUCUUUCGGUGGCUUUCUCUGCUGCCCCUGGAGCUCAGCGUGGAGGGACUCGCCAUGCAUCGCGCAUCGUUCUGGACGCGGCUGCCCACUACCCUACAAGUCGACUGUUCCAACGCCCACCAAGUGUACGACGUAAUGUUUGGACAACUGUAGGUGAAAGAAAAUCAGUUCUAUCCAUAAACCGUGUCAAAGGUUAUAUGCGUGUUCCAUCCCAAGCACAAUUAUUUUUCUUUACAUGCACCUUUUGUGAUAUGUCUGCUUAUGCAAUGAGGCUCAGCCUGCUACUGAUGAUUGCAGUUUGGAAAUAUGUUGAAAGAUAACUUUACUGCCAAGAAGCCCUCCAUAAGAAAUAGGAUGCAGUGUAAAAAUGGAUUGUGCCUUAACCCUUGUUUGGUAUAAACUUCAUGGAUGAGGCAAUUGAGCUCUACACAACAAGCAUAUUUAAUGCAUCAAGGUUGUUAGGCACAAUUGUUCAUGUAGAACCAUCUGCUAAACUUACUAUGACUUCCUUUCCAGGAUCCUCCAUGGAAUCUUCGAACAGAUCAAUGGAUAAAGCAAAAGAAAAUCCAUACGUGGUUCUGUCAGGCCUGCUGCUUCAGGUCAUCCUCCCCAAGAGUGUGAGAAGAAGCAGCUGCUGCAGAAUGCAUCGCACGCUAUAUACUCAUGGGUCUUCAGGACAGAGAUGGGAGGCUCUUCUACAAGCUCAUGAUCGACAUCAGGGAGCUGCAUAUCCUUAUUUAUAGAGAUAAUUAGAAGUUUGAGAGAAAUUUAGUGUGCUCUGCAUCUAAUUUCAGAGGAAGUACAUCUACUGCAUGCAAGUGGGUUCAUGCCAUUAUACAUAGCACGUUCCAGCUGUUAUAUAUCCUUACUUUGGGAGACAAUUAGUAGUUUCUGAGAAUAUAUUUCAUAGCACGAGCACAUAGCUAUGAGAGAUUAUUAGAGCAGUAGUUCUACCUACUACCACAUGUAUUUUUCCAUUGAUUGUACAAGUUCACAUGUACAUCUCUGAAUACAGAAGAACCUUAUUACUGAAGUUAUAGAACAGAGGUGGUGUUGCUCUAUAUAUACAGGCUAUUAUUUGCAUGCUUUGCUGAAUAAGUGCAGUUUAGAAUGAGUUGAAAUCUAAGAGCAGACAAUUGCAUGUUCGACUUCCGUUGUGCAGUACCAUUUCUUACUUCCAAUUCGAAUAGUUGUCCUUCAGUAUUUGCCUAGCUCUAAUACCAUUGCUCAGAAAAUACAUACACCUUUUUUAGUGUCUGAAUUUUAUUAUCUGUUGGUGAUCAGUUUUUCCUACUCCAGUUGUUGGAUGUGCUAUCCUCCCUUCUCACUCUCGGGCUCUAGCAGCAAAUGGACAGCAAGCAUCACGAAGCAGCUCAGCUCCAUCGCCUUCAGUGGUGGCAAGGUCUGUAUGCUCAGCCCAACCCCAAUGCUCUCUGUGCAUUUUAUUUAUACACCAAAAUAUACUGAAUGGAGGACAAGUUCUACUUUUUGUUAAUGGAGCUAGCUUGAUUGAUUUUUUCAGCAUUAGCUUGAUCAAUCUAAUCCCGGCGGAUGCGCUACUUUUUGUUCAUGCUCACGUGUAUUUGUGUUAAUGUCUGCAAAGGAGCAAGCGUACUAGAGGGAUGGUUGGAAGGGGAGUAAUCUGCUACAAUGUUUUACAUCUUUUAUAGUUAUUUUUUGAAUCUGUGAUAUAAUAUAUAAUGCAUUCUGUAGAAACCAAAAUGAUGUUCAUUGGAGCUUCUCUCUUGGUAUGAUUCUUUCAUUCGUUUCUUCUUUGAGGAAACUCCAUAUUUGAAAAAUGUCUCUUCAUGGCUUCUUCAAAGUUUUUUCUGUAGUUUUCAGUCUUGGGUGCAUGCAGUUUCUUCAUGUCACGUCUGAAAUUUGGAGCCAUGUAUGUAAGUACAUUAUAAUUGGCAGAGCCUUCCCGGUUUAUGAUACUAAAUGAGGUACAUCUAUAUAUAGGUUUGCACUGUGUCAUUUUUUCCUGUGAUUAAUUGAUCUUCAUAGCAAGAAAAUCCUGUUUGAGGGAUAUUGUGCAUACUCUGACUUUCAGUGCUUUUUAUGAGAACAUGGUUGUCAACUAAUUAUUUUUAAAAGAAUUCACAAUGCAAACAAUGAUUUUAGCAAAAAUAUGCAACAGCUUUUCCGAUGUGCUGCCACUUCAGAUGUACCCCCAGCGUCCACACAGCGAAGAUCCUAUUAUCGCGUACACAGGAGCAAAACCACCUGAGUGUCCAAGAAUUUGCAAAAGCUUUAUAUCACUCUAUUACAUUCACUAAUAUUGCAGGAGGCUAUACCAGGAUGAUCUAAUUCAGUAAAAAAUAUUUGCGACAUCUUAUUGUAGUACAGUUGUAUGACCAUACACAGCCCUAUGUAGAGUGCACGGCACAUGAUUUUAAUAAAUACUCCCUCUAUAAACAAAUAUGUAAACAAAUAUAAGAGUAUUUAGAUCACUAUUUUAAUGAUCUAAACGCUCUUAUAUUUCUUUACGGAGGGAGUAGCUUUUACUAGAGGUGUGCCAAUGUCAAUUGUUUGUCGGUGACUAUCGUGCAUGACUAUAAUAAAUGUACUUCUUCGAUAUCUUCAACUUUUAUAUAUAUUGGUGCUUCUCUUUAAUUGAUGGCAAACGAUACACAUAAAGCUACUGUACAUAUUUUAUCAACUUAUAACUAUCAUAGUUCUAUUGUUUGAAUCAUGGUCUACAUAGUCGCGACAUAUGACAGGCGUGGCGUCUCGCCGCGCGGGCUAAGCUAGUAAUACUCUACGUACGAUUGUAUUUUCCACCCUUCGGGAGGCCAUCGCCAGAACUUCCUCCUUGUCUCUCUCCCUCUCUCUCCCUCUCUUGGUUCUUGGAUUCUUGAUCAUCCAUCCGCCGCCCGGAUCUGCCCUGCUCGCCCCGAGCAUUGCCCCUCGACGUACGUACGGCGGCGACCAUGAAGGUCAAGCGUUUGCUCCCCGACCAACGUGACAGCACAAACUUUUAUGCCAUGUUCCGAGAAAUCGCCGCUGCGCACAUCUCACGCACCGCCACCGGCCUUACAUUUCCCCUGGCACACGUCGUCCCUGAGCAGCACGCCGGCCCUAACUUGGACGGCGCCGCCCUGGAGCUGGAGAUGUCUCCGCAGAGGCGCUACGAGCUGUGUGCCGACUAUGACGCGGAGAUCGACGAAAGCCUCCGAAGGAUGGAAUCGGAGGACGCCGGAGAGCGGCCCUGCCCCGACUACCUCACCAAGGUGCAGCACGGUCAGAUGGACAACUACAAGCGCGCCCUGCUCGUCAGAUGGAUGUAUUUCUUCACCCAACGCUACAACCUCGCCGACGGCACGCUCCACCGCGCCGUCGCCUACGUCGACCGGUUCCUAUCGCCCCCCCUGACGAUUACCGACGACUACGAGCUCCGCCUCCUCGGCGCCGUCGCCGUCUUCGCUGCGGCCAAGUACGAGGAUCGCUACACCACCCUGAAGCUGACCUCUGCAGAGGUCGCGUCGUAUGGCCUGUUCGCCAAGGACGAGGUGGUGGCCAUGGAGACCAAGGUUGUCGCGGCGCUCGACUACAGGAUGGGAGGCCCCACCGCGCACACCUUCGUCGACCACUUCACCCGGAGCGGCGGCGAGGACCCCCGUGACGACAUCGUCAAGUCCCUGGCGCGCCACUUGGCGGACCUCACGCUGCUCGACUGCCGCCACCUGCAGUUCCUGCCGUCCACCGUCACGGCAUCGGCGGUCUUCGUCGCACGAUGCACAAUCAACCAGAUGCGCGGCUUCAGGUGGAACGACGGCCUGAAGGAGCUCUUGGCGUGCACGCGCUACGCCACCGACGACCUUCGCGCCUGCAUAGCUGCCAUGUAUGACAUGCACGAGCUCGAGACCUGGCCAGGUUACCAGCGCAUGAGGAUCAACUACCAGAGGCAUUACUCCCUGCUUGAUCGGUUUGAGAUGACUCAGCACAUCUUCUUAGCGGAUUAG